AUGCCACCAAACAAUAAGAAAAAGAAAAAGCCCGCCUCAAAUCCCGCGCGGGGCUUCGCAACGGUCUCAAUACCUUCCAAACCGAAGCCAGAGGCUAUCGAAACACCUACCUCAACAGCUACAGAAUCAAAGCCUACUCCGCAAAACGAAACCCUACCUACAAGCCAAGAAGACCGUCCGGUCGAUGCGGGCGCACCACAGAGCGGCCCCUCAUUACAAGACUACACACCCGAGGAACUUGAGAAGCACUUGGAGGAAGCAGAGCUACAAAUUUUGAUCGAAAAAAAUGCGGCCAAAUGCAGGAGCGAUGCGGUGCGCCAAGCUACCAAAAUGGAAAAUGAACGUCGUGUCUUCAGACAGCAGUCGGUGACCUUGGGUCUUCUCGAAUGGCUUCCGGCAGAUGUGCAAGAUAGAAUUCUGGAGCUAGCUGGCUCAGAAGACCAUGAUUAUCUUAUCUCCAAUGGACGGAAUGUCAGCGGAAAGCAGGAGGGCUCUGAGGAGGAGCUCCUUGUGAAGCUCUGGACAUUGCAGGAAACACUUUUCAAACUUGGGUUUACUAACAAUGGAGUGGAAGGAGCACUCAAGCACAUCAUCUUGUAUUUCAGGGAAACACCCAUGAGUGCUAGCCGAGAUGCUGUGUGGAAUCUAGAUGAGGCCUUGGAAUGGUUGGCGAAGAACAGUCCCAAGCAAGAUCUCCCCUCAUACACACAGACUAGUUCACGACCUCAAAAAGAUGCAGAGGUCACAUCAUGGAUGAUUGGAUCGGACCCAUCGAGGGCUUCUACUCCCAAUAAGACUUCGAAUGGAAACAAGCAAGAAAAGCCUAAAGCAGAAUGGAAGGCUGCAAAAGUUGCGCCUCCUGUUUCUUACGACUCGGAUAGCUCGGUUGACCCCGAUUCCAUGGUUCCAGAAUGGUUGGAUUUUCAGACCAAGCUCUAUGGCCUUCAACCAGAAUUGUUCGAUCGUCCAGGUAAGGGCAAAAAGGGCCGCGGAUCUGCGCCCAGUCCGUCCGAGGACCCUGAAGUGGCUAAAUUGCAACGCAAGAUUGCCAAAAUAGAACGUGAUGUUCUGUUUGAGCGCCGAGAGGCCGAGUACAUUUGGCAACUCAGGCUCGAAGAUCUCAGAAAGGACACGGCCUUCCUCCGGCGUCCAGCUGAGAAAAAGAAAGAAGUUGAGGUGGUCAGCCAGGAACAGGAGCCCGAAGAUCCCAAUUUGACCGUUCCAUCACUUGAAGAGAUGGAUGAGGCGGAUGGUCUACUGGGUGGUAUGUUCGAGAACGAGGCUGAAAAGUCGGGCUCGGUGCUAGGCCUUGCACCUCCCGAGAAUGGAGCCAAAAUUACGCUUCGGGACUUUGGCAGGUCAACAGGCCUGAGUCCACGCCGAGUCUUGGAGGAGACCUGCAAGGCUAGAGAUUCAGCAUGCAAGGUUGUCUAUCAAGACUUUUCGUCCUCGGGGCAUCACAACAGAAAGGCCAUCGAGGUCCGCUGGUCCAAGCCGCAAGAGCCUCCCUUCCUAUUGAAGGUGGAGUCGGUCACGCAUAAGUCGAAUGGAAAUGCAACAUUCGUUUCAAUGGAUACUCUUGCAACACCUGACUCUCAACAAGCAGAGGGAUACGUAUCGACUCUUGCGUUGUUCAUUCUUUUCCCUCAAAGCUCCAAAGAAGGCAAGGCCUAUCUACGGAUACCUGCAGUCUGGAGAGAUCUUUGGACCGAGUUUUCUGAACUGAAGAAGACGCAGGAGGAUGAAGUGGACAAAACUACAGUCAAGAACCUAAAACUUCUCGUACAGGAAAAUCAAGGUACUUUUGAGGAUGAUGUUGUACUAUUGGACAACUUCCGGAAGAGAAAUGGAAAUGGUGUGAAGCCGGCCACUCCCAUGAAAGGUAACUCCAGGGACAACAACUUUAUUGGGGGAGAUGAUCGAUUAAGGGAGGCAUGGCACGCAAAGGCAUCCGCCCCAUCUUUCCACAAAAUGAUGCAGGGCCGAAUGACCCUUCCUAUUUGGAAUUUCAAAGAUGAGAUUCUGGAGACUUUGGAGACUCAUCGAGUAAUCAUCAUCUGCAGUGAGACCGGAAGUGGAAAGAGUACUCAGAUCCCAUCUUUUAUCCUUGAGCAUGAAAUGCUUCAAGGCCGCCCUUGUAAAGUGUAUGUGACGGAACCGCGUCGAAUUUCGGCCAUCUCACUUGCUCGUCGAGUCAGUGAAGAACUGGGAGAGAGUAAGAAUGAUGUGGGGACGUUCCGAUCUCUUGUCGGUUUCGCGGUUAGACUGGAGAGCAAGAUCACAUCUUCCACUCGACUUGUAUAUGCAACCACCGGUGUUGUUGUGCGCAUGCUGGAGCGGCCAGAUGACUUCCAGGAUAUCACCCACGUUGUUCUGGACGAAGUCCACGAGCGAACAAUUGAUAGUGACUUUUUGCUGGUUGUUCUUCGCCGGUUGAUGCAGAAACGGCUCGAUCUUAAACUCAUUCUGAUGUCUGCUACUCUUGAAGCUCAACGUUUCUCUACCUACCUUGGUGGUGUACCGGUUCUCAACAUCCCUGGACGAACUUUCCCUGUGGAAAUGAAGUAUCUUGAGGAUGCAGUUGAGUUGACCAACUAUCGGUUAUCUGAAGAUGAUGCAAAGAUAGUUCCAGACGAUGACCCUGAUGAGGCUGAAGAUUCCAAUAGCGACACUGGAGGCUUACAAGCCAGUCUUGAAGGAUAUUCCAAGCAGACACGGGAAACCGUGGUCAGAUUUGACGAGUAUCGUAUGGAUUUCCAGCUGAUCAAGCGACUGCUUCUCAAGAUAGCCACUGCUCCGGAGAUGGACCGUUACAGCAAGGCAAUCUUGGUCUUUAUGCCUGGUCUGGCUGAGAUCCGUCGUCUUAAUGACGAACUUCUCGCCGAGCCUACCUUCCAAAAGGGAUGGAUUGUUCAUGCUCUCCACUCCUCAAUUGCCAGUGAAGAUCAAGAAAGGGCAUUCAACGUGCCGCCUCCAGGCACAAGAAAGAUCGUUAUUGCCACUAACAUUGCUGAGACUGGUAUUACCAUUCCAGACAUUACUGCAGUUGUUGACACAGGAAAGGAGAAGAUGAUGCGAUUCGACGAAAGGAGACAGCUUUCUCGCCUGGUGGAGUCAUUUAUUUCCCGUGCCAAUGCGAAGCAAAGACGUGGUCGAGCAGGCCGUGUCCAGGAGGGCAUCUGCUUCCAUCUCUUCACUAAACAGCGACACGACAAGCUGCUGGCUGGGCAACAAACGCCGGAAAUGCUCCGACUAUCCCUCCAAGACCUUGUUCUACGAGUUAAAAUCUGCAAAUUAGGCGAGGUUGAACAAACCCUUCUAGAAGCUCUGGACCCACCAUCUUCUAAGAACAUUAGACGUGCUAUUGAUUCUCUCAAGGAAGUGAAAGCUCUCACCAGCAAUGAAAGUCUUACGCCCUUGGGAAGUCAAUUAGCAAAGCUGCCGCUGGAUGUAUUCCUCGGAAAACUGAUCAUCCACGGAGCAUUCUUCAAGUGUCUUGAUGCUGCUGUCAGCAUUGCUGCCAUUCUUUCCUCCAAAUCGCCUUUCGUCAACACCAUGGGAUCGAAUUCGCAACGUGACGCCGCACGAAACUCUUUCCAGAGAGGCGACUCAGAUCUAUUGACAGUCUACAAUGCCUACUGCGGCUGGAGACGCUCACGAAGCACACCCGGCACAAAUGAGUUCACAUUCUGUCGGAAGAACUUCCUCAAUCCACAAACACUCAUGGGUAUCGAGGACGUUAAAAUGCAGCUCAUCGUAUCCAUUGCUGACGCCGGGCUCCUAAGCCUGGACCCUUCACAGAAGUCUGCGCUAAACAGAGCCCGCUCAAGCAACCGAAACCGUCAAUUCUUCAUAAUCCCCGAAGAACACGACAUCAACAGCACGAACGAUGUCGUUAUAAACUCCGUCAUCGCCUGGAGCUUUUACCCCAAGCUCCUCACCCGCGAAGGAAAGGGCUGGCGCAACGUUCUGAACAACCAGUCCGUCACCUUACACCCCACCUCUGUAAAUAAACGCGCCGAUCACGCUAUCAAGUGGCUCUCGUAUUACCACAUCAUGCAAGCUCGUAACCGCAACUUGAACGCGCACGAGACUACCGCUGUGGAUGAUUUCGCGAUUGCCCUGCUAUGUGGCGAGGCCGAGUUCAAGCUACACUCAGGCGUCAUCUCCAUCGACGCAAACCGCAUUCGCUUCGCCCUGCGCGACUGGAAGUCCAUGCUCGCGCUUAAAUUCCUCAACGCGCGCCUCCGCGACCUGCUCGCCACGACCUUUAAGAACCCGCAUCGUCCGCUCUCGUACAAGCAGCAGCAGUGGCUAGAGAUCUGGCAGCAGAUCUUCGCAGCGCAGGGUAGCAAGCGCUGA